AUGGACCGACCAUCCUCACCUCAAGAUGAAAGCAGUCUCAAAAUCUGGAGCUGUGUAAUCUGUCGCCGUCGCAAGAUCCGCUGCGACAGAGUAGACCCCUGCUCCAAUUGCGUAAAGAACAAUAUCGAAUGCCACUUCCCCGUGACAGGCCGUAUCCCCCGUCGAAACCGUGGUCCUCCUACGGCCAAAACACCGGCGCAGAAGCAAUCCGAAUUGCUAAGUCGUCUGCGUCGCUUAGAGUCCGUCGUCACGGAGCUCGCGGCGCAGGUUGAGGACGAAAAUGGGGCCAGUAUCGGAGCAUCGCAUCAAAAGCAGAUAACAGUGGAUGCUUCUGCGACAGUCUCUUCCUGGGCUACGUCAUCUGCUGUUGCUGACUCGACCGAUGAAGGUGAAGAUUUCGGUCGUCUUGUCGUUGACAAAGACGGUGGACUACACGUUGGGAAUCGAUUCUGGUCUGUAUUCUGCUCCGAAGUUGACAAUAUCCUCCAAGCUGUUCACGACGUAGCCGACUACUCUGAUCCAUCAAACACCUCAAUCAUGACUGAACCAACUGCCAGCGGAAAUCCGUCGCCUCUCAGUCAUCUGGGCUUUGUCUUUGGAAGUGCAGACUUCUCAAAAGCUCUCGACGGUUUGAACCCCAUGCCUUCUCAGAUGCUGUUCAUCUGGCAGACCUACGUUGAGAAUGUAGAUCCCUUUAUCAAGAUCCUACACGUUCCAACCGUCGAGAAGAUCAUCAAAGACCUAAGAGGAAACUUUAGUUCUUGCGGAUCUGUCACAGAAGCCUUGUUGUUUGCCGUCUCGCUCGCUGCCAUCACAUCUCUGGACGAUGAGACGGUCGCUUACAACUUCAACACGCCCAAAGAACAGCUCCUACAACGAUACCAAUUCGGCACAGAACAAGCUCUUGCUCGCGUCAACUUUUUAUCAUCAAAGGAUAUCACCGUUCUGCAAGCUUUGGUUAUAUACCUAUCUCUGCUACCAAACAUCGGCGCUCAAGAUAAAGUAUUCCCAUUGACGGGGUUGGUCCUACGAUUGGCAAAAGGAGCGGGCCUCCAUCGAGAAGACGAAUUCGAUCAAUACAGUCAGCUCCAAAGGGAAAUCAGACGUCGCCUAUGGUGGCAGAUCUGCUUCGUCGACUCUGCCAGUCGACGGCCCGACGCUUCAGAUUUGUCCAUCACACCAGCAUCCUUUAGUACAGGGCUCCCAACGAACAUAAACGACAUUGAUCUAGACAGCUCAACAUCUCAAAUACCUGAUCCUAACCAAGGCUCAACUGGUGUGACUCUCUGUCUCAUCCGCUGUGAAUUAUGGUACCUUACACAAGCCAUACGAGCCGACAGGACAAACUCCCUUGAAACACAACUCGGCUUGUUCAACGCCCUGAAACAAAAGGUCGAAAACACGUACUUCCAGCACCUCCAGCCGAACAGGCCAUGGGACUCCUUCAUCAGAACAAUGGCAAAACUCUUCUUUGCCAAGGUUGAACUCGUCAUCCGGCGUAGACCAAGGGACCAGCCACCAACAGACGAACUGCUCCGCCCGUCCAUCGAAGUCAUUCGGUGCGUCCAGCUCCUCAAGUCGGAGUCUUCAUGGGAGAAAUGGCGCUGGCAGUUACAAGGACAGAUGCCGUGGCAUGCAAUGGGUGUGUUUCUGCGACAGGUAUCCCAUUAUUCCUGGACUCAAGAACUCGAAGAUGCAUGGAGUGCCACAGUAUCGUUGAAAGACUCAGCGACCAAGGACAUGAAGACUGGGUAUAUGUGGAAAUCUCUCAUGAAGCUUUACUCAGAAGCAGAAAAGCAUCGCGAAGAGGAACUCAAGCGUCAGGGCGACAAAGCUGAACGUGCAUCACAGCACGGCAACCAAGUCGACUCGGAUGUGCAGCAGAUGCUCGACAACGCAGCCAACGAGUCGUUUGACAUCCCAGUCAACCACCCUCUGAUCGACACAUCGACGUUUGAUUCAUCACUUCAUAUCUCUCCGCCAGACAGUGGCUCUUUAUCGGUGGAGCGACUGUCAACUGCGUUGGGUGCUGCAUCUGACGACCUACCUUCUUGGACGCAGUCUGGAGGUGGUAUGGAUCUUGGUCAAGGUGAUGCGUUUGGCAAUAUAGCUUCGAAUGUGGAUGGCGAUGGAGUGGAUUGGGAGGUUUUGAUGGAUCUAGAUGAUACUUGGAACUGGGAUCUCCUGUAG